AUUUUCUCUUUAUUCUUGUGGCAAAGAACUAAAGAAGGUCCCGAAUUUGCAAUAGUCCACAUUCUCAAAGAAAGAAAGACAUCAACGAAGAAAAAGAACUGAAGAAGGAGCAGAGUUUGAGUUUGUUGGAAUCAAAAUUGCGGAGAUUUGCCGCAGUGUCACUGCCGCAUCAAGAUGGAUGAAAGGGUCGCAAGCAAGACCGAGUUCACAGAAUGCUGGCGCAGAACAACUGAAUCACCUUACAUCAUGCGCCUUGCUUUAUCUGCUGGCAUAGGGGGUCUCCUCUUUGGUUAUGAUACAGGGGUGAUUUCUGGGGCCUUGUUAUACAUCCGUGAUGAUUUUGACCAAGUUGACAAGAAAACAUGGCUUCAAGAAACCAUUGUGAGUAUGGCUGUUGCUGGAGCCAUAAUUGGUGCUGCAUUGGGAGGGUGGAUAAAUGACAAGCUAGGGAGAAAGAGAACUAUUUUGGUGGCUGAUGUUGUAUUCUUUAUUGGUGCUUUGGUUAUGUCCCUUGCUCCUUCUCCAUGGGUCAUCAUUGUUGGUAGAGUGUUUGUUGGUUUGGGAGUUGGAAUGGCAUCUAUGACAGCCCCUCUAUACAUCUCUGAAGCUUCCCCAGCUAAGAUCAGAGGUGCUCUAGUCAGUAUCAAUGCUUUUCUCAUCACUGGUGGCCAAUUUCUGUCUUACCUCGUCAAUUUGGCAUUCACCAAGGCGCCUGGAACCUGGCGUUGGAUGCUUGGGGUGGCAGGAGUUCCCGCUGUGAUACAGUUCGUGUUAAUGUUGUCCCUCCCUGAGUCACCUAGAUGGCUCUAUAGACAGAACAAGGAAGAGGAGGCAAAGCAUAUUCUGUCAAAAAUCUACCGUCCCAGUGAAGUUGAAGAGGAAAUGAGAGCCAUGCAAGAAUCAGUUGAAGCGGAGAGGGCAGAGGAAGGUUUGAUUGGGCAUAGUCUAGCACAGAAACUGAAGAAUGUUUUGGCUAAUGAUGUAGUUCGAAGAGCACUCUAUGCGGGCAUCACUGUCCAAGUGGCUCAGCAGCUUGUUGGCAUCAAUACUGUAAUGUAUUACAGCCCAACCAUAGUUCAGUUUGCUGGAAUUGCUUCCAACUCCACAGCUCUUGCCCUUUCUCUGGUUACUUCUGGUUUGAAUGCUGUUGGAUCUAUCUUGAGCAUGCUUUUUAUUGAUAGAUAUGGAAGGAGAAAGUUGAUGCUCAUAUCCAUGAUUGGCAUAAUCGUUUGCCUCAUAAUGUUAAGUGUUACAUUUAACCAAGCAGCUCAUCAUGCUCCUGCCAUCAGUAACCAGGAUACCCUUAGCUUUGGUGCUAACUCUACAUGCCAGGCUUACACAAAGGCCCCAAAUUUCUCCUCAUGGAACUGCAUGCAUUGUUUGCAAGUGGACUGUGCCUUUUGUGCCAGCAGCGAGAGUGAUGUUCUUCCGGGAGCAUGCUUGGCAGCAGACAAGAGUAUGAGAGGCAUGUGUCAAGCACAAAAUCGUGUAUGGUUUUCUAAGGGUUGUCCAAGCAAAAUUGGAAUCCUUGCUGUUGUAAUACUUGGAUUGUAUAUCAUAGCAUACUCUCCUGGAAUGGGAACUGUGCCUUGGGUUCUAAACUCUGAGAUUUAUCCAUUGAGGUUCAGAGGUAUUGGUGGGGGUAUAGCAGCAGUUUCCAACUGGUGUGCUAAUCUCAUUGUGAGUGAGUCAUUCUUAAGCAUGACAAAAACUCUAGGCACUUGUGGCACAUUCCUCCUCUUUGCAGGGUUCUCCCUUAUAGGACUUGUGGCCAUCUAUGCAUUAGUGCCUGAAACCAAAGGCCUUCAGUUUGAGGAGGUGGAGAAAAUGCUUCAGAAAGGCUUCAAACCUUUCCCAUUUAACAGAAAAAAUGAGGAUAACAAAGGGAAAGAACAAGACUUGGCUUAAUGAUACUGUCACUUCUUUUGUUCAAGCCUUCAAACAAACUUAUAUAACUUAUUUGAAUGAAUUGUGGAAAAUAUUAUAAUUAUAAUAAAUACCAAUUAUAUAUAA